AUGUCUGACUGUGUCGUGUCUUACCUCCUUUAUGGUAAAUACGGUGUCAAUUCCGUUGCUGUUUACCCCAUAUGCAACGAUGAGAUUUCCUUUAUCAUGUUAAAACUAUUCCCAUUAUUUAUCAGUACUGGUUGUUGGCAUAAAAUUACCUACCAUACCGAUUGUUAUUUCGUCAAAACUGAUUAUAUCAUUUUUGUACGUUUUUUGGCUAUUUUCGGAAAAAACCGUCGAUGCUCUCAAAGAUUAGUGUCGAAUAUAUUUCGAACCGGAUUCUUACAUGUUGGUAACCGUAUAUCUAAAAGAUGA